AUGGCGCUAAGACUCAAACAUUCUCCAUCGCCAGCUCCCUUUUCAUUUGACAAUCUACCAUCUACGCCGCCAUCGCUAUCCCCUUCAACGACAGUGUCCAACCUCCCAUCUCCACCAACGUCAUGGCUCUCUGCCCGGGACAUGAAGGUUUUUGGUGCUGACCCACUUCGAAGUCUCAAUGAGAUAGGUCUCGUGAAAUGCAAGGAAUGCGGAAAGCCCGUCUUGAGAAGUGCUGCCGCAGAACAUGCUGAGCACUGCAGGACUAUUCGCCUCGGUAAAGGAGCGAAGGGAAAGGCGGACGAUAGCGGUGAGUUGCCUGCUCUCCAAUUGCGCCCUCAGUCCCUUAAUUGCCUGCUAGUAAAGGGCAAGAAACGCAAAGCAGAUGAUGUAGAUCCCGCGGACCCAGAUGGUCCGAAGUCCAAAAAGGCGAAGCCUGCGACAAAGGUGACCAAGGGCCGCUUCAAAGGCCCGGUCGACCUCGAUCGGCAAUGCGGCGUCAUCAAUGAUAAGGGCCUCCCAUGUUCUCGUUCGCUCACAUGCAAGUCCCACUCCAUGGGGUCCAAACGGGCGCUUGCGGGCCGAUCGAAAGCAUACGAUGAGCUCCUCCUUGAGUGGCGGCGCGCGAAUGAUCCAGGCUUCGUUGAGCCCGUGAAACGCGAGAGCAAGAAGGAGCGCAAGGAGAAGAAAGACAGGGAGAAGAGGGAGCGGAAGCAGAAGGAGUUGGAGGAGUUGGCGAAAAAGAACGGGAUUGAUUUGAGUCAGCCGGGGGCGGAGGCCCGGUUAGAGCAAAUAAAGGCGACUACGAAAAAGAAGAAGACCACAACAGCCAUUGCGACCACGGCGGCUGGCGGAACGGGAGCAGGGGUCACUGCGAGUGCACGAGUGGCAGCGGUCGAGGAAGAUCCGGCGUUGGAGAGUUUGGCGGAGGUGGACUCGGAAAGCGAACUAGACUCCAUGGUGAAGAGUGUGCGGGUAGCCCAGGAACGAGGUGUACUGGGUGUGCCGUUAGCUGUUCCUUGCGACGCGGGAAGCUGGUUCGUGGUGCGGAGGGAAAGGCUGAGGAACUGUCGGGAUCUUUUUGCAGGUGCGUUGAUGAAGGGAGGGGUCUCUAGCGUUGCUGCCGCUGGGGCUGCAGCGAGGCUGGGAACGGGGGGCACAUAA